AUGAUGCUUCAAAUGCAAGAGCUUGUCUAUCCAAGGAUAAUACAGUACAAAUCUAGGAGGAAGAGCACCGCCUCUGAUCUUCACACUACCCUGCAAGGCAAGAUUGUUAAGAAAAUGGAAUUAGAAAAAGAAGGAGGUGAGGAAGAUUUUGAGGUGAAUGAGCAAGAUUUGGAUAAGGUGAAUGUGUAUAUUGAGCAUUGGAAUGAUGAUAAAUUUGAGGAUGGGGAGAAAGACAAUGAUGGGUUUGUGGAGGAGAACAAAAAUGACGAUGUGUGUAUUGAGGAUUUGUUGAUUCAUGAUAAUAUUGAGGUGGACGAUGAUUUCAUUGUGCAGAAGGGGAAGAAGGUGGUGCAGAAGAAGGAAGAUUUUAAUAUCUUAAACAGCAUUGGCAUGGAUGCUUACAGAAUAUCAAUCUCAUGGAGCAGAAUAUUGCCUAAUGGAUCCUUGAAGGGUGGUAGGAAUGAGGUCGGCAUCCAACAUUACAAAACAGUCUUCCAUGAGCUAGAAUCGCAAGGUAAAAAGCCCUUUGUGACUAUAUUCCAUUGGUAUCUUCGGCAAGCACUUGAGGACGAAUGUAUGAGUUUUCUCAUUCGUGAUAUUGUGAAAGAUUACGUUGACUAUGCAGAAAUUCUUUUUCAAGAAUUUGGUGAUAAAAUAAAAUAUUGGUCUACUUUUAACGAGCCAUACAUGUUUAUUGUCGAUGGUUAUAUCAAUGGUAGCAUGGCUCCGGGUUAUUGUUCUCCUUGGUUGAAACAAUUGAAUUGCACACGCGGAGAUUCGGCAGUUGAACCUUAUUUAGCUGCUCAUUAUAUGCUUCUUGCUCAUUCAGCCGUCGUUAAACUAUAUAGAGAAAAAUAUUAG